GCGAGGUAAACUGACCAAACACUGCCAUUCGACUCAACACGCUGACUGAAUUUGGUAGGCGCGAGCAGAUUACCUUGAGCGAUGACCCAGGAUUCGUUCCUACAAGUGUCAUGCCCUACUUCACCAUCGGCGAGGACGGCAAUCCCUUUCCAACUCGACUUCUCCCAGUCGCCAGAUAUCCCGGAUUUCCGCUUGCCUUCCCCCUUCGCGCAAGGAUCUGCACAGAAGACGCUCCUUCCUCGAUCUCGGGACGAUAUGGAACUCGACAUGAAUGCAAACCCGUUUGGAGCUCUGGAUGACUUCGACAACUUUGGCGGCGUGGAGCUAGCCAUUGACGAAAAUGGGGCAGUAAUACUGGACGAAGAUGAGCUCGAGUUAGCCGUGCUUGCAGGAAUCGAUAUGGAUGAGGCCGACUUUCCAAUUCGGCAAGAUCAGGGUGCGGACGCGCAUCAGGUUGCUGGCGAUGUCUCCGCUGUCGACGCUCAAGAUGCUGUUCCCUUGCUCGGAAGCGAUCCUCUUCCAGUCUCGGAUGAUGCGUCAUUGGUCCCUAGAACUCCGCGGGGAGCUCAGAGUGAUCAAGCUGUUGCUCCUUCCAAGAAGCGCCGCCGUAUUAUAAAGCUGGAUAACGGCACGCAACUCUCCCGUUCAACCCUCAAAUCCUGGCAGGAAAACUAUCUCGACAACGCGGAAAGAGCAAACAAAAGGCGCAAAGGCAGUGCCAUCCAAGCGAAAGAAAACGCCUACUUCUUUGUUUUUGGAAAGGGCAUUGGAGGCGUGGGUACCUAUGGGGCUGACUUCCCCUUGGCUGAAAUGUUCGCGGGCAAAGGCCUUGGAGAUAUCGUUUACGGCCCACCCACCGAAGAAGAGCGCGAGGCUCAGACAACUUCUCCCAAGAGCCGUCGAAGACGAGCAGGCGAUGCAUUUGGAGAGGAUGGCGAUGGAAAUAUGGACCGAAACGUUCGGCCCAGGGUCGACGAGACUCCACAGCAGGGCCGCUCUAUGGACGACGACAUUGGCUUCGAGAUGGAAGUCGGCGAUGAUUCAAUGCCCGAGAUGGGCAUGGAAGCUGGCCAGCCAAUGCGCGACAACCAUUCAUCCUCCAUGAUGCCUUGGGCCCAAACCCCCUCGGUGGGCAGAGGCUCUUCCGUUGUCAGCCACAGCGCUCAGCGGCAUAGUCGUCAGAAGUCUGCCAGCAUCCGCGGAAGCAGCAUGCCACCGUUCGAGCCGCUUCAUGAUGCGCAGCAGACGGAUGAUUUCGACGCCCUUCCCUUCGACAUGCCAGCGUCACAGGAUUUGGCUUCCGAAGGACCGGCCGGGAUUCUGGUCGAUGCCCAGCAGGAAGGCGAGAACGAUUCUCAAUGGAUGCGAUCGAUGCUCGACACCGCAAGUGGGGAGUUCCUGCAAUGGACUGAGGAAGAGGCCAAAAAGACGGGCCAGAUUAAGGAGGGUGAUGUGAAGAAGAACCGCCGAUGGGUCGAGUUCGAUGAUCUCAUUGAGCCCACGAAGCAGAACCACGUCGUCGCGGCCCAGGCGUUCUACCACGUGCUGUCUCUAGCGACCAAGGACGCCAUCACGGUCGAGCAGCAUGUCGCGGACCUUCAGCCCUUCGGUCCCAUUCGAAUUGGAAUUGAUAUGACGGCGCACAUCAACAGCGAGGAGUGACGACGGAACGACGUAUUCAACGAUCGAUUUUUACAAGACAUAACGAGAUGGGGUGUCAAAUGCUGCAAGCUGCUUGGACGUAAGAAUCGGGGAAGAAAUUUGCUCGCUUGAAAAGUUUGUUUCGGGAAGGGAGGUUCGUUUUUCAUUUUCUGCGCCUUUGAUUUUCAACUUUGCCGCGCGAUGCAUUCGAUUUUUCGGGUCAGGAUGAAGGGGUUUCAUCCGGAAAGGUCAUUCAAGUAAGACGUUUCAUCUUCAAGAUGGGAAGACGCCCAAGAAUUUCUGCCAUCAAGGUACCAGUCGGGGGAGGAGAAUUUGGGAACUCAGAA